CAUACGUUUUCUUUUCACAGUCUAUGGUUCACACACACAACAUACUACUAAUCCACGUGAGUUAAACAAUAGGAACUGAUACACGUUCAUUCUACAAAAUGUCCAAACUACAUCUGCUGAAUGUGUUUCUUACCGAGCGAUUAACAGCGGCGGCUGUUGAGAUAUUUGUGGUCGUGGAAAAAACGGUAUCAGAGUACCAGGAAGAAAUCUCCCGUUCAAAGGAGGAGAUCGAUCGUCUACGGAUGCUGCUGGAUGUCGUUACUCAACCAAAGAUACAUUUGCAUAAAGCAGAUCCCCAGCAUCUAAUACUCCCUGUCCCUGAAGAGGGGGAGCAGCAGCACUUUGAGCAGGAGUGGUGGUGCACCAGUCUGGGGCAGGAGGACCCAGAGCCCAAACAGAUUAAAGAGGAACAGGAGGAGUUUGGGACAGGUCAGGAGGAAGAGCAGCUUCAGGGUCUGGAGUCUGAUAUCAAAGAGUUCAUAAACAAUCCUUCCUUUGUGAAAAGUGACUGUGAUCAGGACCCACCUCAGCCCUCACAUCUUUACCAAACCCCAACGGUGGAGAACAGAGAGAGGGAUCGUAUGAGGACACACACUGGAGAGAAACCAUAUCAGUGUAGUGAAUGUGGCAAAUGCUUCAGCCAGAAGAUAUACCUGGAAGAACAUAUGGUGACUCACAAAAGAGAGAAACCACAUCAAUGUGAAGACUGUGGUAAAUUGUUUAGCCUCAAGCAUAACUUAACAGUCCAUAUGAGGAUACACACGGGAGAGAAACCAUAUCAAUGCAAAGAAUGUGGCAAAUGCUUUGGUUACACCAAAUCCCUGGCAAAGCAUAUGAGGAGUCAUACAGGAGAGAGACCAUAUCAGUGUUGUUAUUGUGGCAAAUGCUUCACUCAGAAGUUUAGCCUGAAAGAACAUAUUAGUAUUCACACAGGUGAGAAACCAUAUAAGUGUCCCAUGUGUGUAAAAUGCUUCAGGGCAGCACGAUUUCUAAAACAGCACCAACAGAUUCACAGAGAACAACCAUAUUGCUGACUUUUUUGGGUUUAAUGUUUCGCUUGUAAGAAAUGAGGAUGAACACAGAGUGAGAAACAUGACAUUGCUGCUUAGGGCAAAAUCUUUCUCUCACUUGUGCAGUAAGACCUUUCGAUUCUGAGCAUGGCACAAAAGUGGAUAGUAUGUUUUGUAGAACUAGUAUUUUUAGUUGACACAGUAAGCUUUUUAAGUUUGUCCCAACAUAUGAGUCCCCCAUUUGGAUUACACCUUAAAGUCAUAGCAAACUAGUACAUUGGUGUUCUCUAAAUACAUAAAGGAUGUCUACAUUUUAAUGGGAAAGUGCUUCACAUUUGUGGACGUGCUACCUUAUACCUGUAGUGGCAGGACAAACAAACCCAUCAGGUCAAUGAUCUUGGUUUAAUAUACAGUGCCUUUGGAAAGUAUUCAGACCCCUUGACUUUUUGCACAUUUUGUUACGUCACAGCCUUAUUCUAAAAUUGAUGAAGUAAAUAAAAAUCCGUAGCAAUCUACACACAAUACCCCAUAAUGAUAAAGCGAGAACACGUUUAAAAAAAAUAAAUUAGCAAAUGAAAAAAAGAAGGAAAAAAUACAUAUUUUACGUAAGUAUUCAGAGCCUUUGCUAUGAGACUCAAAAUUGAGAUCAGUUACAUCCUGUUUACAUUGAUCAUCCUUUAGAUGUUUCUACAACUUGAUUGGAGUCCACCUGUGUUAAAUUCAAUUGAUUGGACAUGAUUUGGAAAAGCACACACCUGUCUAUAUAAGGUCCCACAGUUGACAAUUCAUGUCAGAGCAAAUACCAAGCCAUGAGGUCAAAGGAAUUGUCCAUAGAGCUCCCAAACAGGAUUGUGUCGAAGGAACUGAUCUGGGGAAGGGUACCAAAAAAUUCUGUACCAUUUAAGGUCCCCAAGAACACAGUGGCCUCCAUAAUUCUUAAAUGGAAGAAGUUUGGAACCACCAAGACUCAUCCUAGAGCUGUCCGCCCGGCCAAACUGAGCACUCAGGGGACAAGGGUCUUGUUCAGGGAGGUGACCAAGAACCCGAUGGUCACUCUGACAGAGAUCCAGAGUUCCUCUGUGGAGAUAGGAGAACCUUCCAGAAGGACAACCAUCUCUGCAGAAUUCUAUCAAUCAAGCCUUUAUGGUGGAGUGACCAGACGGAAGCCACUCUUCAGUAAAAGGCACAUGACAGCCUGCUUGGAGUUUGACAAAAGUCACCUAAAUAUUCUCAGACCAAGCUUGUUUUUGCUUUGUCAUUAUGGGGUAUUUUGUGUAGAUUGAUGAGGAUAAAAAAUUGUAAACACAUUUUUAGAAUAAGGCUUUAGCCUAACAAAACGUGGAAAGAGUUAAUAGGUCUGAAUACUUUCCAAAGGCAUUUUAUAUUGUGAAUGUAUUGAGGAACAAACAUGCACAACAUUGUAGAAGCCCAAAAUAGUGUGCAUAACAGAAACAUACAUUUUUAAGCAUAUGCAGUUGCCAUCUCAUUUUGUUUUGAAUUAUACACAACGCGUAUUAGUGACUAUCUUCUAGCUGUACUGAAAGCAGCACAUAUUUGGUUCCUUGUUCAAAUGUUGGAGUGUCACCUCACCAGCUCUAGUUUCAUGACCUCUUAUAUCUGUGUAGUGGGUUUGACACCACUGCAUGGUGUUCUUUCUCAUAAACCUGACAUGGCCCCAGUCCAUGUAAUGCCAUUAUAUGUUGUUGUGAGCAUCUUAGAGUGGAUUGGUAUAUCAUGCUUCUUGUAAAUAAAGCUUUUUAUUAUUAA